CACCUAGACUUGGGUAUCAGCUCCUUCAACAGCCCCCCCCCCAAUUCUGUUCCCAAACGCAGAAGCCUAAUCCCACAACCAUGUCUGAAGAGCAAAUCCCCCAAACAUCUGAAGCAGAAUGCAGCGCAAUGGUUUUCCCAGAAUUUGAAGAUGAGGAACGCUGGCUUUUCAAAGUGUUGGGAAUCAAGCCAAGACCCUCCUCAGCACUGGAUGAUGGCACCAACAAUAAGCAGGAGGACGAAUCACUGGAGUAAGUUUCACUUAUUCGCCUGCAAGAUAGUCUUCAAGAGAACAAAAUCAACAGUACCGAUGAUAGCAACACUUACCAAGCUCCAUGUACUGAAGAAGAUGAUGAGACAAGCCACAGUGACAGCGAUAUUGACGAUAACGUGAAAGUUAUCAUUGGCAACAUAAAAACAAACCCCUCCAUGUAUAUGGAAAUGCUCAAUAAUCUAAACUCGAAAGCUGAGCAAGAUGGGGAAAUAACUGCAUCAGAUAAUGCCAUGAAUCCAACCGAUUAAACGAGGAUCAGAAACACCUAUCCUCAUGCAUAAAUGCAGUUGUAAUGAAAACAAAAACCAAACUUGUUUUUAAAGACAAUG